CUCCAUUUUUUUGAGCUCCACAUUUUGUGCAUGUGAGCUUUGAGUAGGGAGAGCCACACACAAUCCUCUCUCCCUUUUAUCGCCAUUGAUGACAUAAAUUUCUCUCUCCUCCCUGCGCGUGUGUAUUAUAUAUAUACCGACCUGUGUUAGACUGCACCCGAAUGAUUGAAGCAGACCAUUGAAAUUGGGAAUAAACAACGAAGGUGCGGGAGGAAAAGAGAGGGCAUUUCCAGCAGCCCUCUGCUCGCCGCAUAUGCUUUUCCUCAGAUCUUGAAAAAUUCUCCCAGCCCCCCCACCACCCACUCUUUCGCCCGUCUUCCUAAUCUGGACGGCAAUGGAUCCUGGAAAAGUGUUUGUUGGUGGGAUUUCAUGGGAGACCAGCGAGGGGAGACUCAGAGAGUAUUUCGAGACAUUCGGAGAAGUGGUUGAGGCGGUGAUCAUGAAGGAUCGAACCACAGGCCGCGCCCGCGGUUUUGGUUUUGUUGUUUUUGAGGAUUCCUCUGUUGCUGAAAGAGUUGUCAAGGAGAAGCACAUUAUAGAUGGCAGAACUGUUGAAGCAAAGAAGGCUGUCCCAAGAGAUGAACAUUACACGAACAAAAAUAAUGUAAAUAUACUCCCUGUUUCUGCCCGAACAAGAAAGAUUUUUGUUGGAGGAUUAGCAUCGUCUGUGUCUGAGAGUGACUUUAAGAAGUAUUUCGAUCAGUUCGGGACAAUAACUGAUGUCGUAGUGAUGUAUGACCACAACACCCAAAGGCCAAGAGGUUUCGGAUUUAUCACUUAUGACUCGGAGGAAGCAGUGGAUAGAGUUCUUCACAAAAUGUUCCAUGAACUUAAUGGGAAAAUGGUUGAGGUCAAGCGAGCUGUUCCUAAGGAGUUGUCACCUGGACCAAUCCGUAGUCCAUUAACUGGAUAUAACAACUCUGGUCUUAACAGAGUAAACAAUAUCCUCAAUGGAUACACUCUUGGUCAGGGUCUAAGUUCUCUAGGAGGUUAUACAUCAAGAAUGGAGAGAUAUAGUCCAACUCCCGUUGGUCGUAACGGAUAUUCAUUGUUUAAUCAGCCAAACUUCGGGGAAAGAGGAAAUUUGGGUGCUAAUAUUGGAUAUGGGAGGACCCAAAGUCCCUUCAGCACUGGGAUAUCAAGUUGUUAUGACACACCGAUCCGAAGUGGUUCUGUUUUGAACUCAACAAGUUGGAACUUGUGGGACAGAGAGAACGAUAUUGUUGGCUUAGGAAGUCUUGGAGCAAUUUGGGGUUCCUCCUCAAUUUCAAGCAAUGCGGGAAAGAAUGGCCCGUUUGAGAAUGACAUCAUCAGUUACAACAAUGGAGGUAAUAGCUUUGUAAGUGGCAGAAGGUUUGCUCAAAAAGAAAAUGUUUAUAGCGGGGAUUUGGGGAACUUGUAUGGGCCUGGGAAGAGCUUGUUCUUUGAUGAUCCAACGCAGUAUUCAUCAUCUCCAUUGCGCGAUGUUUCUAGCUCGUUCGGCUAUGGGCCUGAUAGUAUAUCGCCAGAUGCCAUAUCGAACAAUUCGCUCGAUGGUCUUGGUGGUUAUGGUGUUACAAAUAUAUCAACUAGAGUGACCCAAAAUGUCAAGGACAUCAAAGUCACUUAUUUUUACAAGAGGAACUUCAUCAUAUAUCCCUCUGCUUAUAUUGAUCUUUAUGCUGUUGCAGAAAUUGCUGCCUAGGAGGAGACUUCCCACAGCAUAAAAACUCGCCCCGAAGGUGGAGAGUACAGUUUGAAGGUAAUUCGAGAGUCGCAAGUCGCAACCGAUAGAGAAAUACGCAAAGGCUAGAGAAAGAGAGAGGUCCAUGAGCCCCUUUUUAUUACUCAGUAAAAUUUAGAACUUUUUCUUUUGACAUAGGCUGAGGCACAAACAUGAAUAUAGCUGAUACACUGGAAAUGAAAAGUUGUGUGCAAUGUGUGUGUGUGUGUGUGUCUGUGUGUGUGUGUUUUUUCUUUAAUUUUUUUAAUUUAUGAAACUCUAUUUCUUGAACGGUUAGAAGUAAAUAGGCAAAAGUAUGACAAUUUCACCAAGUGUAAUCCCAGGAGAUGUAUUUCAGGCAAUGUAGAAUUUUACUAUAUGCAAAUAAUGUACCUUUCAUAUU